UACGUAACUUUGCGGAAGAAAAUGUAUACAAUGGCAAUUUGGAAAUCAAUUAAGUUGUGAAAAAAGAGCAUUAAUUGCCUUUCUUUGUGGUCGUUGUGUUAUGGAAUGGCGGACCGUGAGCAGUAGUGCUCCGUCAGACGCCGCGGUUUCUCCUCGACGGCUGGUGUUAUUUGACGCGUUGGGCAGAAAGAGCAGGCUACUUUGGAGAAUGAGUUGAUUGUUUUGCGAGGGAAUCCAGAGGAGGUCGCACAUAAAAAAGGCUGUCUAGAAGAUGCCAAGAAGAAAACAGCAGAAUCCACAACCUGUCAAAUUGGAUUCUGAAGAUGGUGUAGGCACUGUACGUCCAACAAACCUUACUUUUGAGAGCGAUUUUCUCCUGGGACAAGAACUCGAGUUCUCAGAUCCUGACAAUGACCAAAAGAUCAUAGGCCUUGAAAAGUUCUCAGCUGACAUCAGUCUGCCUGGCUUCCCCCUGGGAGACGAGGAGAACUCCCCCUUCAGCCGACUCAGUAUGGAGAGUGACGCUGACGACCUCCGCGCAACCGAAAGCGAACGUGAAGAGAGGGUUUCUGAGUCUGCCUUUCCCUCUUACCUUUCUUGCAGGGGCUGUGGUCAGCUCCUGGAAGACCCCCUGGGACCCGGCAUGGACUUAGUGGGGCCCUACUGCAUGCGCUGCUGCAAGGGGAAUGCGGAAGGCAUUGUGGACAGGAAGCUUUGCUCGGGCUUAGGCUUGCAAGCAGAAUCUAGAGGGGGAGGGAACGAGGGGACUGGUGAGGAUGGCUCCCUGAAGCUCCACUCAUGCACGCUCUGCGGGUUCACAUCACGCUACACUAAUCAUGUUAAAAGGCACAUGAAGACACACAACGGCGAAAAGCCGUACGGCUGUCCGCUGUGCUCCUACGCAUCUGCACAACUAGUGAACCUGCAAAGGCACUUGCGCAUACACACUGGGGAAAAGCCCUAUAAGUGCAACAAUUGCACAUUUGCUUGUAGUUCCUUAGGCAACCUGAAGAGGCACCAGCGCAUGCAUACAGCCAUAAGCCCGGGCCAAAGUGCCACUCAACCAGUCAGUGGCAAUGGUUUAAACCACUCUACUGUGGGACAGAAAGAAAAGGAGGCAGUUCCUGCUCCCACUGAAGUUGCAGGUGCUGUUAGGUCUGUCACACGUCCCCACAUGGGAAGGGAUGGAAACUACUUGCAGACUUUUGAUGGCCUCAGACUUGCGCAGCAAACAUCAACAGGAGUGUUGCAGUCAGGACAAGCUGCUUCUCAACCUGCUGCACUACCCCCCAUGUUCUUCCCCUUCACUUGUCGCUUGUGUGGCAUGGCUCUAGAUGACGAGGACGGAUCUUCAGCUCAGAUCUGUGCCAAGUGCACCCUGGAGAUGCUGACCAAGGACACACACGGAUGCCCUGCUGAGCGAGGAGACAAGGUCUACACCUGUGCUGCCUGCCCCUUCCUCACACACUACCCGAACCACCUGGCCCGCCACAUGAAAACCCACAGUGGAGAGAAGCCAUACAAGUGCCCGCAGUGCGACUAUGCCUCCGCUCACUUUGACAACCUCAAGCGGCACCAUCGAGUGCACACUGGCGAGAAGCCCUACAAAUGCCACCUGUGUGACUAUGCCUGUGGCAACCUGGCUAAUCUCAAGAGGCACCAGCGGGUGCAUUCAGGGGCCAAACCUUUUCAGUGUGCAAUCUGUAACUACAGCUGCAACCAGAGUAUGAACCUGAAGCGGCACAUGUUGCGCCACACAGGCGAGAAGCCUCAUAAGUGCCAAGAGUGUGGCUACACCACUGGACACUGGGACAACUACAAACGGCAUCAGAAAAAGCACAGCCUGGCUGGAGAUGGCUGGGUUAAAGUGCCAUUGCCUGGAAAUGAGGAAGAGGUGGAGGAUGAGGAAGAGGUCUAACCUCUAUUUGCAAGACUGCCGUCCAUAUGAGAUUUUACUGUAACAAGCAUAAGCUUUGUUGGUUGUUGUUCUUUUUUUUUGUGCCCAGAAUGAUUUUAGACAUUUCUUGGAAUUGUCCAUAAGCUGCUACAUAAUGUCAUGCACAAAUUUAAAGAACAUUACCUGAAUGUCCUAAUGCAGGGUUGUCCAGUUCUACUUCUGGAGAGCCAACCUUCCUGCAGACUCUAAAUAAGACACCUGAAGCAGCUAAUCAAGGUCUUUAGGAUUACUCGAAACUUCCUGCAGGUUUUUGAGGGAUGUGUGGAGUUACACUCUGAGGAAGGUGGUCCUCCAGGAACAGGUUUGGACACUUCUGAUUAAUGCCUUUGAACAAGGCAGUCUGUGUUACCCAAAGCUCUCUAAGAGCACCCUUAGCCUGACUGUGGUUCAUUUAUCAGUGCCAUACACACUACAGCACCACUGCCAUAGGAAAAUCUUCAAGCCUGGCGCAACAUAGCAUGCACUUGAGUUUACCUUAGUUGACUGUUUUGAGGUUUUAUGUGAUUGAUCAUUUGUCUGUCAAAGAUCUAGCCUACUGGCAAAAAUGCCUUCGGAGUUGAGCAUUAUGAUGUGAUUUUUGAUCACCUUUGUUUUUGCUCGCUAUAAUUCGGGGGGAUUGUGUUGCCUUUUAUUGUUGUAUGUGUCUUAUUGACUGUGAAAAAUGCCAUUUGUCUGAGUUUACUUGAAGAAAAAUGGUGCGUAGUGGAUAUUUGUGUCAUGCUGAACAUAGAGCAUUUAUUUUUUAAGUUGCUUUUGAGGAAUGUUAGGCAUGCAUAUGCCACCCAUGGCAUUGAUAGUUAUACUGAAGGAUGAUAGUAACAGUAAACUCCAUUAUGCAGUUAACCUUCAGGUUGCCAAGAAAUGACUGGAAAUUGAUGAAAUCUUGUAGGGUGUGUGGUGCUUGAGUGUUUUCUUGUUAUGCAGUGGUUUCAUUAAUGCCUUAAAUAUCCUCAAAUAAAACUGUUUGUGUUGAAAA